UCUUAUCGAGCCCGUGCGCUUCUGAGGCAGCGGCAGACACUGAAAGCAAAAGGAAACACCGCAGUUUGGAGCUCACCAGUUGCAACAUUACUUUACUACAUAGUGGACGCUUGACAUUCUCGAGGAUGUUUUCGCUCGGGGAGAAAAUGGAGUUUCUCAUAGGAAACCCGUUUUCAACGCCCGUCGGUCAGAGAAUCGAGCGAGCGACCAGCGGCUCUCUGCAGUCGGAGGACUGGGGGCUCAACAUGGAGAUAUGUGACAUCAUCAAUGAGACGGACGAGGGGCCCAAAGAUUCAGUCAGAGCUAUUAAGAAGAGAAUCGUAGGAAACAAGAACUUCCGAGAGAUCAUGUUGGCCCUUACUGUUCUUGAGGCCUGUGUGAAGAACUGUGGCCAUCGCUUCCACGUUCUGGUGGCAUCGCAGGAGUUCAUUGAAGGAGUUUUGGUCCGUUCCAUUCUGCCCAAAUACAACCCCCCCACUGCCCUCCAUGACAGGGUGCUCAGCCUCAUACAGGUAUGUGGAUGCUCCCGCAGACGGUAAUAUGACGUAUACUGUCUGCACUA